AGCCGGUUACCUUGUUCAAGAAGCCUGUGGGUGGAAAGCCGUCCUGCAAGAAGGACGGUGUUUUAUCCGUCGACAUGGUUUCCAGCUGUAUAUCUCACCAUCUGCGCGCUGGUACAAGACCACAGCGCUUCUCUCACCACCUGUCUCUGCCCAGAAACAAUCUGAGGGACGUCUCCAUUUUAUCCAGUUAUGUCCAUCUUCAAAAGCUGGAACUUCCUUACAACAGAAUUAAAGAUUUGUCCUGUGUGAGCCACAUGCCCUUCCUCGUCAUUCUGGACACCGCUCACAAUGAGCUCUCAGAAUUCUUUGGAUUCCAGCCGCCCAGGAACCUGAAAGAGGUCAAUUUCUCCCACAACUGUAUGACAAAAAUGAAGGAUUUGUCAGAUUAUUCAACUCUCACUAAACUGAAUCUGGACUAUAACAGCUUCAGUGAGAUCAGUGGUCUUGAAAACUGUUGUAGGCUCACUCAUCUCAGCCUGGCACACAACAAGAUCUCGAGGAUCAGUGGCCUGAACAAUCUGUCUCUCAAACACCUCUGCCUUAGGGGGAACCAGCUUGAGACGACGGAGGGGCUGGAGAGUCUGAACCAUCUGCUGGAUCUUGACCUGUCGUUGAACCGCAUCACCAGCAUUUCUGGCUUACAGAACCAGCAACUACUGGGCUCCAUCAACUUGGAAAACAACAUGAUAAGUGAAAUUCAGGAGUUCAAAAAAGUUGAUAAUCUUUUCCUGUUGAGGGACCUCAAUCUGCUGGGAAACCUUGUGCAGGAACAACCAGAUUACAGGCUGUCAGUCAUCUUUCUCCUUCAACACCUAACUGUGCUGGACAAAGACCAAGUUACUGCAGAAGAAAAGGUUUCAUCAGUCAACAAAUAUCAGCCCCCUUUGGAGGUGGUGGCAGCCAGGGAUCACAUGACCAACCUGAUGUAUCAGAUGAUGCAGCCUCAGGUCCUCUAUGAGAGCACUCUGCCUGAUGCCGACUUCCCUUAUGCAAUGCUGGUGCUGGCUGGUCCUCAAGGAUGUGGGAAGAGAGAGCUCACGUACAAACUGUGUGAGGAGUUCAGUGAACAUUUUUCUUCUGGUGUCUGUCACACCACAAGGGGGCCGUACUUUGGAGAGGAGGAUGGACAUGAUUACCACUAUGUCACAGAGGAAGAUUUCCAGAACAUGAUUCUCAUGGGUAAGUUUGUCCAGACGAUGCAGUACGGAGGUCACAGCUAUGGGCUGAGCAGAGACACAAUCGAAGAUGCCGCCAGAGAAGGUCUGGCCUGCUGUGUGCAUAUGGAGCUUGAGGGUGUGUUAAGUCUGAAGCACAGCUACUUUGAGCCUCGAUACAUCCUGCUCCUCCCCACUGAAGUGGGACGAUACAGGGAACGCCUGAAGGACCGUGGCCUUUACACGCCUGCACAAAUAGACGCGGCAGUGGCACGUAUAGAGCUCUACGCCAACACCAACAGACAGCAACCAGGCUUCUUUGAUAAUGUCAUCCCCUGUGAUGACUUUGAGGAAGCCUACCAGAAGCUGAGACAAGUGGUGAGGGAGUACCUGUUACCAGAGGAAGAGGGAGAACAAGACCUCGACAAAAGACAGUCCUCAGAGGAAACAUCAACAGCCUCAGGUCGGCUGCCACUGGAGGAGCCUCCCUCGGCUCUAUCGCGGUCAGGAUCAGCAUCACGCCAGGCUCCGCCUCUUAACCUCUCACAUCUCUACUACAGAAACUAUUCCUGCAAGAUCCUUGCAGAGCUCCGCCCUCAGCAAACCACCGUUGAGCGAGCUUCCCUCAGAAGACGUGAGCGGCUGGUGAGAGAAGCUCUGGUGGGGAGGACUCCAGCAGUCUGCAGCCGCCUCUUCAGAAGCUUGGACGAGUCUUGUUCAGCGAUGUCUGUGCCAAGUUCUGCCUUCGCGGGCCCACCAGAUGCUUCUGGUCAGGAGUGCACCUCAGAAACACUCAAAGUGUCCUCACGUCAGAGCUGUGACAGACCCGGGUCAAGCACAGAUCAGGUCACUGUCGCCAUUACUCCCUGUUCUGACCGAAGGCCUGGAUCCACCAACAAGCCCCUCCUACCUCCCAUCCCAACUGGUCGCAAGACACCCGCAGUGCUCAGCCCGGCUGCUUCGCCCAGCCCGAACCCAGCAGCACACGAGGGAUAAGAACACAACGGGGUUUAAAAUGGUAUUUUAAGAACAAUAAGUCAUCUUACGUGAUGCUAUGAUGCUGCUGAGUCUGCUUUCCCUGUGAUCUGCUAUUCCUGCCCCAACGCAUCGGGAUUUUAUGCGCUUGUGUGCACUUCAACAUUAACAAUCAUAAAGAUGACAGCACUGUAAUUACAAGACAAGUUGAGCUCAUCAUCUUUGUAAUAACCGGCGUGAUUACAGUCGAACGGCGCAUUCAAAUAUAGCCGCGUCAAAUAUACUCUUCUAAACGUCCUGCAAGCGCACGUGUCUGCGACGCCUUCUGUUGUACAAAUGCAUCAUUCGUAUUGUUGACAGUGAAGCGGCACUUUAUUUCUCGCUGUUCAGUGAUUCAUCAGACUGGAUUCGCCAUCGACGUCGAGAUACUGAUCUUUUAUGCGUAGCAUGACGCUCCUGUCGUAGAUGAUAAAUAUGUCAUUAAUCUUUAUCUCUUCCGAUGGGAAUAUUUAUUCAAGGGGAAAUGGAUUCAUAUAAAAUGGUUGUUGACAGGGUGCCAUCAUAGGCAGUGUGGCGUGAUUUUUUUUUUAUUAUUAUUAUUUUUUAUCCUGUCUCUGCGCCUGUCUGUCCACACAAACUUUGCACACACAUUUUCACUGGUGAGUCUCAGCAAA